GCCGCUUGCCGCGCCUUAGACGAAGAAAGGAGAGACAUUUUGGUUCAUUGAAACGUUUUACCAUCUAACGAAAAAAUGAGGGAAAUUGUGCAUCUUCAGGCUGGUCAGUGUGGUAACCAGAUUGGUGCCAAGUUCUGGGAAGUCAUCAGUGACGAGCAUGGUAUUGACCCCACUGGAACUUAUCAUGGCGACAGUGAUCUUCAGCUGGACAGGAUCAAUGUCUAUUACAAUGAAGCAUCAGGUGGCAAGUAUGUGCCUCGUGCUGUGCUGGUGGACUUGGAACCUGGAACCAUGGACUCCGUAAGGUCUGGACCUUUUGGACAGGUCUUCAGACCUGAUAACUUCGUCUUCGGCCAGAGUGGUGCUGGUAACAACUGGGCCAAGGGCCACUACACUGAGGGAGCUGAGCUGGUUGACUCUGUGCUCGAUGUGGUGAGGAAGGAGGCUGAGAGCUGUGACUGUCUUCAGGGUUUCCAGCUCACCCACUCCCUGGGUGGUGGUACUGGCUCCGGUAUGGGCACCCUGCUCAUCAGCAAGAUCCGGGAAGAGUACCCCGACCGCAUCAUGAACACAUUCAGCGUUGUGCCCUCGCCUAAGGUGUCAGACACAGUCGUCGAGCCAUACAACGCCACACUGUCUGUGCACCAGCUUGUAGAGAACACAGACGAGACCUACUGCAUUGACAACGAAGCCCUGUACGACAUUUGCUUCCGUACCCUCAAGCUCACCACUCCCUCUUAUGGUGACCUGAACCACCUGGUGUCUGCCACCAUGAGCGGUGUGACCACCUGUCUCAGGUUCCCUGGCCAGCUGAACGCAGAUCUGCGCAAGCUUGCUGUCAACAUGGUACCAUUCCCCCGUCUGCACUUCUUCAUGCCUGGUUUUGCCCCCCUGACCAGCAGGGGGAGCCAGCAGUACCGCUCCCUCACUGUGCCUGAGCUGACCCAGCAGAUGUUUGAUGCCAAGAACAUGAUGGCAGCCUGUGACCCACGCCACGGUCGCUACCUCACCGUUGCUGCUAUCUUCCGUGGCCGUAUGUCCAUGAAGGAGGUGGAUGAGCAGAUGCUCAAUGUCCAGAACAAGAACAGCAGCUACUUCGUGGAAUGGAUCCCCAACAACGUCAAGACUGCUGUUUGCGACAUUCCCCCCCGUGGCCUCAAGAUGGCUGCCACCUUCAUUGGCAACAGCACCGCCAUCCAGGAGCUGUUCAAGCGCAUCUCAGAGCAGUUUACUGCCAUGUUCCGUCGCAAGGCUUUCCUCCAUUGGUACACCGGAGAGGGCAUGGAUGAGAUGGAGUUCACCGAGGCAGAGAGCAACAUGAAUGACCUGGUGUCUGAAUACCAGCAGUACCAGGAUGCCACCGCUGAUGAGGAAGGAGAGUUUGAGGAAGAGGAGGGUGAAGCUGAGCUGGCCUAAAUGUUCUCUGUAAAUAUCUUGUCCCAGGCUGUAUAAUUCACUGACCUGUCAGUCCUUUCCAAAGUCCAGUAUUUUGUGUUCUGUUUUUAUUUGUCACCUGCUGUUCUCAUUCCUGUCUGUACAGAAACAAGUAAUUAAAAAACAAAAAAAACCUUUCUUACAAAAA